ACGACGGCUCGAGCGUCGAGUCACACAGCGUCAUCCUCGCGCUCGCGUCGCCAGUCUUCAGCGCCCUCCUCACCACGCCGAGCGGCGCGCUGCGCACCGAUCUGCACCUGGCCGGGGCGUCGGCGGACGAGUUUCGCGACUUCUCCAUCGCGCUGCGGCCGGCGGGCCUCCGCCAAUCCGCGCUGCAGGACGAGGCGCGGUACUCUGCUCUCGUGCGGUGGGCGCACAAAUACGAGGCCGACUCGCUCAAGACGCUUAUCGAGGACCACCUUAUCAAGGAUGUGCCGGCGAUGGUGGCGGACCUGAGGGAGCACGUGGACGAGCUCGGCCUCCUCGCCAAGCGGGAGACGCUGCAGGAGAUGGAGACGGUCUGGCCGCGCCUCUGCGAGGCCGCGGGCGUGCCCCUCUACCCCAUGCCGCCCGUCGAGCAGCUCGAGACGAUGUGGCCCUUCGUCGCGGCGGGCAUCCGGCAGCACGCGGUCUCCGCUUCGGAGCACCUGCAGGCGGGCCUCUCCAAGGCGGCCAAGUCGGCGGUGGCCGACGCGAGCGCGACGCUGAGCGAGACGUCCACCUCGCUCCUCGACCGCUUCAUGGCCUAUUGGGUGUAGAGAGCGGUGCGUGGCCUGUCGGUGCUCGGUGGCCGGAGCGUCGCUCUCGAUCGAGCGUGGGGUAUCUUUGGCCCCAGCUCUCGCCGCGCGCACCAACCUCGCAAGCUGGCCCUCGCUCACCGCUCGCUGGCGGGAGAGCACGACCCACGAGCGAACGAAUGAAUUCGGUGGUACCCGCGUACCCGCGGAUGACUGGCUGACACCCAUGAGUCGGGGAAAUGGUCGGUGUGAGAACAGUUUUCAAUGCAUCGAGUUAUUAUUUAUUGUGAGCCA